AUCUCUCCAAUGCCAAUCUGCACUGCACAUUCAUCCUAUUCCUACACAUAAAGCUAAGUCUGUCAAGAGAGGAAAGUGUAUUGGGGACUAGACUACAUUGAUCUUUCUGCCUUUUCGGUUUACUCUACUUCUGGAAUGAGGUCUAAAGCCCUGGUGUUCCUUCUUUUUGCCCUUGCCAUUGUGAAUGUGAAAUGCAAUCAAGAAGGGGAUGCUCUAAAUGCCUGGAAGACCAAAUUAGUGGACCCAAACAAUGUCCUCCAGAGCUGGGAUCCAACAUUAGUCAAUCCAUGCACCUGGUUUCACGUCACUUGCAACAGCAACAACAGCAUCACAAGAGUGGACCUUGGCGAUGCCGGACUCUCAGGACCUCUUGUACCUCAGCUUGGACUCUUGCCCAACCUUCAAUAUUUGGAAGUAUUCAGUAAUAAGCUUAGUGGAUCCAUUCCGAGCCAGUUAGCUAACUUAACGGCACUCAUCAGCUUGGAUCUGUACCAGAACCAACUCAGUGGUUCCAUCCCACCAGCUCUUGGCAACUUGAGGUCCUUAAGAUAUUUGAGAUUGAACAGCAAUCAGCUAAGUGGCGUGAUACCACUCCAAGUCAUUCAACUGAUUUACUGGGGCAAUUUGAGAAUUAUGAAUGUAUCGGAUAAUCAAUUGGCAGGGACAGUACAUCACCAUAAUAAAACAGGAUUUGCAGUUACAAAAAUCAUACAAGAUGCAAAGGCUUGAAAGCAAAUGAAAUGCUAGAUAUGGUUCCUGUGGCUACUUCAAUGUAACUGAAUAAAAAUGAUGAUUU